GGGGUUUGCCGGUAACAUAUAAAACGGAAGGUUGCGGCGUUGAAAAUACCAGUUGUUGGUUACUUUGGUGGAAUCAUGGCGUUGCUCAAGCACCGCUCCCCGUGUCUACUUUUUGCGCUCAUACUUCUGAUCAACAAGUAUGCGGAGUUGGCAGGAGCUGUCUCAGUUGAGCAGGGAAGUAAUACAGAGCUCAACACGCAAGCAAGAUUCAACGACACUGGUCUCAACGAAACACUUUUGAAAGUGGAUGCAGAGGAACAACCCGGCGACGAACCGACAGAAAAAGUUGACGAUACCCAACCGCGGCUUGUAGUAAGGCGUGUAACACCCGACAUGGUACUUGACGAUGAUGACUUACGCACUGGGAACAAGAUUACGGACAACUAUUCGUACCUUUACGGCGUGUACCUGACUAAAGGCCACUAUCUCCGCAUUGAAAAUCACAAAGGUCUUCGGCUAAUCGUAAAAAGUCCCAAUAAAGAACAAAGUAUCCGGGCAAAAUUAGGUGUUGUUACAAUCAAUGGUAAAACCGUGUGCACGGAUAGUAGAUCAUUACCCACUCAACCAACGUACCAGAAAACUCCGGAUGGAGCCAUGUGGUACACGAAUCUCUCAUUGGGGUCACCGAUGUCACGGGAGGAGAUCGAGAAGUUCAAGGCUGAGGAGGAGCUAAAGGCUGAGGAGGAGCUAAAUGCUGAGGAGGAGCUAUGGCAGAAAAAGAAGGAAGAUCGCAGGAGAGAGAAAGAGAGGCGAAAGAGCG